UAUGCAAAUCAAGCUCACAAGUGAAUUAAAGAACUCUUCCUUAGGAUCUCUAUGGCUGGGAAAGAGGACAACAGAGCUGCCCUUCUCCAUACCCAUUAACCUCUGUCUUCACUACCUUCUCUGAGUCUCAUCGCAAGUUGAUAUCAGACCAAAUGGCUUUCUUUAUAGUGAUCAAGUUUAUCUUAUUAAUCAUGUUGGUGCUUAACACAUUCUCAACUGCACACUCCAAAAUUAAGUAUGACGAGAGAUGUAAGACUGACUGUGCUGAUGGAGAUUCAAGAAUAGAUUGUAGCAAAGAUUACUUACCUCUUUGUGGAUCAGAUGGCAAAACCUAUAAUAGUUAUUUAGCUUUCUGCAAUGAAGCAAGGCUCCAAAAUGGCAGACUUAAAUUCAGACAUUAUUUUCAAUGCUGAUUCUAUGAAAUGGCUUUAGAAAGGCAGUGAAUCCUCUUGUUCUUUCUAUUUUGCUAAUAUGAUUUGAGAAGUUUCCAUCACUGUUUUUCAUGCCACAGGAUUUGGAAACUCAGCCCACGCAAGACAUGAUUUGUUUCUGAAUUCACAAAAUAAUUAUUUCUUAGUUGAGUUGUUUUUAGCAAAUUUCUUGUUUUGAAAACACUAAUAAUUUCCUUUGACAAAGACAAUUUGAUGAAUUAAAAAAAAAAUCAAAAUGCUA